AUGAAACACAAAAUCAAACCAAUCGUUGUGUCUCUAAUAGUGAGCGUGUUUUUAGUGCUUGCAGUUUUCUCUAUUCAUCGAUGGAGUACUAGUACUCAUCCUCUCUACAUGAAUAAUCAAAGAAUUUCCAAAUUGAACUCGUUGGAGAGAAAGAUGGAGAAUCAUUAUACUCUUCAACCAGAACAGAACCACCUUCUUCAGAGUAACAACCUCCACUCUCCACAACAUCUAUUAGAAACGUAUGGUCUCUCUUUUCUACCUUCUCCAAACAAAUUUCGUAUCUUUCUCAUUUGGAUUGGUGAAACUUUUCCAAGUCUUUACAUGAGUGCAUUCGAAACCAUUCUCUUUCACCAUCCACAUGCUCAAGUGAUGGUCCUCUCCAAUGAAUUGGACGAACAUGUCUUUGACUCGUUCAAAAAGUUUAAACAAUCUUUGAAUGAAUCUUCACAACCAAAAUAUCAAGACAUUCAUGUGGUGAGAUUUAACUUGACUGCCAUGACUAGGGAAGGCAAGUUAGGAUCAGAUUUUGUUCAAGAUGCACUUUCUAUUGCCAAAAGAUCAUCCCAUUCACAGGAUUCAUCAUUUCUGAAAUUAACACGAGUACACCUCUCAGAUUUUCUUCGUUAUUACAUGUUGUAUUAUUAUGGAGGAUUGUAUAUCGAUUCAGACAUGUUUGUGAUGAGAAACUUGCAACAUCUCAAGAAUGCCAUUGGAGUGGAUGGAUUUCGUACACAAGUGUGUCAUUCUGAAGUCUACUCGAAAGGUCCUGUGAAGGAUUUUGCAUGUUUGUGUAAUUGUUUAAUGUCCUUCGAGAAGGAACAUCCUUUCAUGAGAGAAGCUCUUGAAAACUAUGGUUACUUUUGGAGAACGAUUCAAGGUUAUGGACCUGGAGGAGCUGUCAUGCUCAUGAAAUUUGUCAAACGCCAUUUGGAUUCUCUGAGUGUGUAUCAUAAUGGUCAAUUUCUUUGUAAUGAUUAUUUGCAACGUUAUGAAAUGCAUGCUUCUUCCGGUACUAGUCAAGAGGUACAAGAAAUUAUUGAUAAUUGCCAUGUGGCUCAUUUGUAUGGUGGUGGAAAGAAUUCACUACAAAUUAAUCUUCACGGUACCAAUGUGAUGAGUCGAAUUUAUGAGAAGUUUAAAAUUUCGUAA